AUUGCCCUCAACUCCCAAAACGCUCCCAUUAGCGGCUGCCAUCGCCUUCUUUUCUUCCUUCUACCAUUCAAGAUUGUUCUGCAACACAACUAUGUACUGACCGCUAAAUAUUUAUAUUAUUUUGAUCAUUUUGUUCUUUUCCGUUAAUCCAAGCACAGAGCUCUUCAGAAAGAUAAUGCAAGGAUCUAUAGCUGAACAACCAGAAGCUCUAGAGGAUGAGGAAGCGAACUUCAAGCUCUUGCUCAAUGGCCAACUCUAGGCUUAACCUUCUGCUUGGCAUCUUCUUGCUCUUCUACCUUUUUCCCGAACUUCUCAUUUCAUCGCUAGCUGAAUCUUCCAAUGCAGAGCAAAAGGAAGACACGCAGCCUUUCGUGGGUGUGAAUAUCGGCACGGACGUUUCGAAUCUGCUUUCACCGUCGGACUUGGUUGAGUUUCUUAAGCUUCAAAAGAUAACUCAUGUUCGUCUCUACGAUGCGAACCAGGACAUCAUCAAAGCCUUGGCCCGAACCAGCAUUCGGGUCGUAGUCGGAGUACCCAACAACCAGCUCCUUGCAAUCGGGUCUUCCAACUCCACAGCCGCUUCCUGGAUCAACCGAAACGUCGUUGCUUACUACCCGGAAACUCUCAUCACCGGAAUUGCCGUCGGCGAUGAGGUUUUGACCUCAAUUCCAUCUUCAGCUCCACUUAUUCUUCCUGCAAUUCAGUCGCUUUACAAUGCUCUUGUUGCUUCGAAUCUCCAUGACCAGAUUAAGAUUUCAACCCCUCAUGCGGCUUCUAUCAUUCUCGACCCUUUCCCUCCGUCUCAGGCCUUCUUCAAUCAAACCCUAGUUUCCUAUAUCCUUCCUCUGCUUCAGUUUCUUUCCAAAUCUGGGUCGCCAUUGAUGAUGAAUCUUUACCCUUACUAUGUUUUUAUGCAGAAUAAAGGGGUUGUUCCACUGGACAAUGCCUUGUUCAAACCCUUGACGCCUUCAAAAGAAAUGGUGGAUCCCAAUACCCUCCUUCAUUAUGAGAAUGUGCUCGAUGCUAUGAUUGAUGCUGCCUAUUUUUCCAUGAAAAACCUUAAUGUUACCGAUGUUUUGGUUCUGGUCACGGAAACAGGGUGGCCAUCAAAGGGUGACUCUAAAGAGCCUUAUGCUACCAAAGACAAUGCAGACACCUACAAUUCAAACUUGAUAAAGCAUAUUUAUGAUCGCAGUGGAACCCCUUUGCACCCAGAAGCCACUUCGAGCGUUUACAUAUAUGAGUUGUUCAACGAGGACUUGAGGGCUCCGCCGGUGUCAGAGGCAAACUGGGGCCUGUUUUACGGAAACACUACGCCGGCUUAUCUGCUUCAUGUGUCUGGAAUUGGGACCUUUUUGGCGAAUGAUACAACGAAUCAGACAUACUGUAUUGCCAUGGAUGGAAUUGAUACGAAGACAUUGCAGGCUGCAUUGGAUUGGGCUUGUGGACCAGGGAAGGCGAAUUGCUCAGAGAUUCAACCUGGAGAGAGUUGCUAUCAACCUAAUAAUGUGAAGAACCAUGCUUCUUAUGCGUUUGAUAGCUAUUAUCAGAAAGAAGGGAAGGCUCCUGGUUCUUGUGACUUCAAAGGAGUGGCUAUUAUCACCACCACUGAUCCAAGUCACGGGAGUUGUAUAUUUCCUGGAAGGGAUGGCAACAAGUAGGGGUCAGGGGUGUACCGUGUAGGCGUGUACACUGUACAUGAGUCUAGCGGUCAGGUGAGCUCGGCUCAACCCAACUGCAUUUGGUUCGGUUUGACUCCGCCAAAUGGGAGAAUUACAUAUAGGUCCCAGAUAAGGAAACUAAUUACUUACAAGUCUUGUUCGCUUGUUAGUACUGAAGUUUAAGAUAUAAGUAUAGGAGUUUGACUUGUAAAUGAACUGAAGAAAUAAUUAAUUUCUUUAUUUGGAAUCUGAUUGUAAUUCUUCCAAAAAAAUUUGUUGGGUUGGGUAGGCCAGGUCCAUUUUUAGAAAAUAGUUGCAGGGAUUUACAGAAAAUUUUUAGAGAAAAGUAUUCAUUUGUCCUGAGUUCGUAAAGCUUAACUUGUUGCAAUUGUGUCCUUCAUGUUUUAGUUAUUUAAUGUUCAUACGCUUCAUGGCUGAGUUACAAGUUACAACUAAGGACUAGAUGAUUUUUUUGGAAGUGUAAGGACGAAUCCAUUAAAUGACAGAAUUUGAGGAAUUGAGUUGCAAUGAAGCCGAAACUAUACAAUAAUUAUUAAUACACAUGCAUGUGUAUAUAGAAUUUUUUAUAAGUGCUUUUGUUUAUUGUAUUUG